AUGGACCGUGACCAACGGGGCUACAUUUUAGAGCAAGAGCCUUGUCAGAAAGGCGAGGAGCAUGUGAAGUUGAGUCGUUCUCGGACUUUCAAAGUCAAGAACGUUCGUUUCGACACUGGGUCGGCGGGGUCCGCAUCGUGGUACAGCAUGCUGUGUCUCAUCUACCAAAGUUCAAUAAUAUACUUCCCGGACUACAUUACUAGGAAGCCGUGUGCCGCGGGAUAUAUGAAUCAGCUGGAGUUUCUUAAGUGA